CUGCACCGCCUCUUCCUGUCGCAUCACCCUUGUGUCGUGUCUGUCAGCUAGCUGCUACUUAUAUAAACAGCCCGAAUUAAAAUAUUAUGUGAUAGGGGAGUAACAUUAAACACACACUUCAUGAAGAAUGAUACAGUAUUAAUUUGACUGCGCUCGAAAACUGCUGUAACGGAUCUGUUUUUCUGCUGGUGUGUGAAGUUCUCUUAGGAAGGACAAUCCGUGAAUCUGCUUUACUUCUGAGUGAGUUUUAUUCCUUUGUUCUUAACUAGAUGGAAGUCAUAUGAUCUCUACAUCCUGGAACAGGUUUAGUGAGCCCUUUGGUGCUGUUUGCAGUGUUGGCAGUAACCAAUGUGCAAAGGGGUGUGGCAGUGAUUUAAGUGCUGCACCCAAAAGCCUAUUUAUUCACUUUGGUAACUUCCUUAUUCUCAAUCAUGUAUGUGUAACUGCAACAAAUCAGGUGCUACAUGAACACUUAAGUCCAACGCAGUGUGAAUUUGCCUCUAGAACAGAUGUUGGAAAUGUGACCCUCUCUCACAUUAUGAGAUCAGUCUCUCAUGUGAUCAUGGCAGUUCACCCCAUCCUGAUCCUGCUGCCCAUCCUGGGGUUCCAUGUGCUUCCAUGUGUGUCUGACCAUUUGGAUAAUGGCCUCAGUAUAGUGUCUAAUCUGACUGUGCAAGACCCGGGAAAAUGUAACCUGACAUUGUGUCCUCCUCUUAAAUUCUGCACAAACACUUUCUAUAAUGAAGGAAAAUGUUUUCUGCUAAGCUGUCCGCCUAAUGACCAGAACUCUUGUGAAAAUGUCACAAAAAUAAAGGACCUGUUGUCAAAGCAAGAGUCCAUUUAUGUGGACCAUAAUCAGAUUGGAAUGGCACCUCCCCAUCAAUCGUCUGGAAACAUGCCUUCUCAACCUUCUCCAAGAAGUUCUUCUCCUCAGUCCACACUACAAUCAGUACCUACAGCUAACGUCUCGGCCUCCAGCACUUCCGUUCCCACAAAUCUGCCCACUAUACAAAACCGCUUAAUUACUGUUGUGACCACCAAACUGCAGACAACCGCAUCAGACCAAGAUUCCACAAAACCAGCAGUUCCUUCAGAAAUCCCCAUACCUACUACCAUUCCAACAACACCAGCCACGACAUCCACUAUCGCCACUACUACAACAACAACAACAACCGCCACAUCAACCAAACCACCCACAUCAACCAAACCACCCACAACUACCACUAAUCCCUCUACAACAUCUACCAGCAUAACAACCAAAACACCAACAGUUGCACAAUCUCCAAAACAGCCUUCCUCACCUUCACCAUCAGGGACAAAAACAUCCGCCAGCAUCUCACCAUCAGUGCCUACGAUACCUCCACCCACCCCUUCAACAAAACCACCUCAACCGCCUCCUGUUCCAACAUCCUCAGAAGACAAGCCAUCGCCAACCAUGCCAAAAACCUCAGCACGCCCCACAGUAGUGGCAUUCACACUGCCUAAGGACAUUCCCAAAGAGGACCAAGUUAGGACUGACAAAGCCAUGGUAGAAGUGGCUGGAGACUUUCUAACCAGUCACCUAUUGAACACCAGCUCUCUGCUGGCUGUUCUUCUGUUCGGCCUCCUUUUCUUUGUGGUCACGGUCGCGCUGUUUCUCAAGCAAGCGUAUGAGAGUUACAAGCGGAAUGACUAUACUCAGGUCGACUAUCUCAUCAAUGGAAUGUAUGCCGAUUCAGGGGUGUGACAUUACAUGGCUUACAUUUCAGUAUGAAACUUAGUUUUGUUUUGUUUUUGUUUUUCAGGGUUUGGUAGCACAUUGACUUCCUUGUGGUUUGAGGCCCAUAGACUUUACUUGGGGUAGAUGCCAUAUUUAAUUUGAAACAAAUGAAAUUGAGGCUAUGAAGGACAGAUGUGCAGUCCAAUAAAUGGGCUGUAUUGUCGUACAUCUAAUUUUCACAACCUACGUCUCCAGAAUUAUUUUUAUUUUUAUUUAAUUUUUUUGUCCCCUGGGAUCUUAUACGACUGUUGUAUUUUCAAUGUUGCGUUGGUUGAACAAUGGUAUACCCCAAGGUAUACAACAAUACACCCCAUUGAAACACCCCACUGUAUUUACCUGCUACAGCCUUUUCGUUUGCAUGAAAUAAAAAAAAAUCCAUAUACCUUGACUAAGGCCCAUUGUAAUGCUGUAAUUUGUAACACGCUCACAUUUCAAAUGCUCAAAAGCCCUGUACCACCUUUAUUCCCAUUAUUGGAAUCCAGCUGGUGCUCAAAUACGAAAUGUAUUCAGUGAUAUGAUGUGUAUCUUUUAUUUCAGAUUUUAUUUUUAUGCACAUUUAGCUUCCACGUAAUUCCUUGGCACAUGGGGCUCAAGCCUUAGUAUUAACCAAGCCCUUAACCUUCAUUCAACGAAUGUCAUUACAAGGGAUUCAUAGUGCAAUAUUUGGAAACAUUUUUUCUUGUUCUAAUAUCUGUUAUGUUCAGUGUUUCAUCUGCAGCUAAUUAAUUUAGCUGCAAUGAUUGCCUUUUUUUUAUGUUUGUAAGUGGUUCAGGAACUUUCGAAGAUUUAAUGCCUUUGACUUUGUAAUCUUUUUUUUUUUUUUUUUCUUCUUUUGUGUGGAGAUGGAGAAUAUUUGCCAAACCAGGAACUGUGGCACGGAAGCACAUUACUGUCAAGCCAAGGGAAUAACUCAGCCAUUGUGUAUUUAGUGUCUGGAACAAAGAAAAGAUUAUGAUGAUAGUGUUUGUGAUCAAAAAGAAGUCUUUGUAAGUCUUAAUAUAUGCACUGUAAAAAACAAAUGUAAUAAUGAAUAAAACAUACUUUGCAAGA